AUGUUUAGUCCUGAAUACAAAAAGCGCUUGCUCAAGCACUGUAGUCCCACAGCAAGAAAUCUUUUUGCUGCACCAGAAUCAUCGUCACCAUCAGACCGUUUUAUUCCAUGCAGAGCAAACAAUAAUUGGGAAACGAAUUAUUCAACGUUGACAAAAUCAAAUGAAAACUCAUCACAAUCAAAAAAGCAGAGAGAAUGUGGAGAAUCCGCACGAGACAGCCUUGCUUAUUCAUGUCUAUUAAAGAACGAAUUACUUGGUGCGUCAAUAGAAGAUAUCAAAAAUGUGUCAGACGAAAAUAAAAUGGGAUAUUUGUCAAAUAGUAAUCGAGGUCUAUUCAAAUUUCAACAACCGUCCAGACAGGAUUUCAACGAUCCAUGUCCAUAUUCGUUAUCACCAAUCACAUUGAAGAGUCAAAAGUUGCUGCGUUCGCCAAGAAAGGCAACAAGAAAAAUUUCAAGAAUUCCUUUCAAAGUACUAGACGCACCGGAACUACAAGACGAUUUCUACCUAAAUCUUGUAGAUUGGUCGGCACAAAACGUACUUGCUGUAGGCUUAGGCAGUUGUGUAUAUUUAUGGUCUGCAUGUACGAGUCAAGUUACUCGACUGUGUGAUUUAAGUAGUGAUGGUAAUACUGUAACGUCAGUAUCAUGGAGUGAACGAGGACAUCAACUAGCUGUAGGAACUCAUCAUGGCUAUGUAACUGUUUGGGAUGUUCAAGCUAGUAAACAAGUUAAUAAACUUAAUGGACAUUCUGCACGAGUGGGUGCAUUGGCCUGGAAUAGUGAUAUUCUUUCGAGUGGAUCUCGAGAUAGACUAAUUAUGCAAAGAGAUACCAGAACUCCACCUCAGACUUGUGAUAGACGAUUGGAAGGACAUCGUCAGGAAGUUUGUGGUCUUAAAUGGUCUCCAGAUAAUCAAUAUUUAGCUAGUGGUGGCAAUGACAAUAGAUUAUAUGUGUGGAAUCAACAUGCAGUAACUCCCGUACAAUCAUAUACUGAGCAUAUGGCAGCAGUAAAAGCAAUUGCUUGGUCGCCACAUCAUCACGGACUUUUAGUGUCUGGAGGUGGAACUGCCGAUAGAUGUAUUAGAUUUUGGAAUACAUUAACUGGACAGCCAAUGCAAUGUGUGGAUACGGGAUCUCAAGUUUGCAAUUUAGCUUGGUCAAAGCACUCAUCUGAGCUUGUGUCAACACACGGCUACUCACAAAAUCAGAUUCUCGUAUGGAAAUAUCCAUCAUUAACACAAGUUGCUAAACUGACUGGACAUUCAUAUCGAGUUUUGUAUCUAGCACUUAGUCCUGAUGGAGAAGCAAUUGUUACUGGAGCCGGUGAUGAGACCUUAAGAUUCUGGAACGUAUUUAGUAAGGCUCGUAGUCAAAAGGAGAAUAAGAGUGUUCUAAAUUUAUAUGCCAACAUUAGGUGA